ACCUUUCAAUCCCUCAAAUAUUUCUAUAUCCAUUAUUUCAUCCUAUUUCUAAUCCUUCAAACUUUUCUUUUCCACAAUAAAAUUUAGGUGACCCGCAUCAUCAAUUUUUCUCACAUAUUAAUUAGUUAAAUUAAAAAAAAUAUUUUUAGAGAUUAGUCUCUAAUCUUCGCCCAAAUACGUGAAAUCAUCCAAAAUAUUGACUUAUUACUUUUGAAACAAUAUAACCAGAGUAUUUCAUUUGACGUAUACUUUGAGUUCAUAGGAAUUAGUCUCGAAAUAUCUUGAAACACUUACAUAAAAUGUCACGAACAAUAGAGAUAACAAUUUUGUCAGCAGAGAAUCUUCAAGAGAACAAAAAAGCCAUAAAAGGGAACACAUUCGUUACGGUUCAAUGUGACGGAAGCAACAGGGAAGUGAGCACCACGAAACUUGAUUCCGAAGGAGGAAGUUACCCUACAUGGAACGAGAAGUUGGUAAUGGAUGUGCCAUUACAUGCAAGGUUCCUAACAAUAGAGGUGAAGUACAAAACAAGAGGUAGUAGUAGCAAUAGUGUUGGAAUGGCUAGAAUACCUGUUUCCGAUUUUCUUGGAGGGUAUGUGCAUGAAAAUCAAUUGCAAUUUUUAAGUUAUAGGUUGUGGGAUAAUAGAGUUAGGAGAAAUGGGGUUGUAAAUAUUUCAGUAAAGGUAAAAAUGUCCCAACAAAAUUCUUGCUCGAGUUCGAUGUCGUCGACAGUGAGUGGAGUUCCGGUAACCGGGGUUCCGGUGACCGGUAAUGGCUCAUGCAGCGGAGUUGUAACAGGAAUUCCAGCUGUUUGGUUAAACUACCAAAGAAACAUAUGAAAUUUUACUUUGUCAAUUGUAAUAAUGUAUUCAAGAACAAAGGAUAGUUUUUCCUUCACGAUACACGUGUGAUAUUCUUUUUACAAAACGUUAUAAAUGUCUCAAUUUUCUAUUUA